UUGAAGUUGACAUUCCGUGAUCACAACAUAACCUCAAAGUCAUAUCUAAGAAAUACGGAUAAUACUUUUUAUUUUACAAUUUCACUAUAAAAUUGCAUAAAAAAUGAGAGAAACUAUACUUUCUAAUUGUGAAAAGUCCUUUGUGCAAAAAAUCGUUUCAGGUGGACAUCGUCUUGAUGGUCGGACGUAUAAAGAAACCAGAAAGUUACAUAUUGCAUUUGGAUCAGAUUAUGGAAGUUGCAUUGUAUCUUUAGGAGAAACAAAAGUAUUAGCCCAAGUGUCCUGUGAAGUUGUACAACCCAAACAAAUAAGACCAAAUGAAGGAAUCCUGUACAUGAAUGUGGAGAUCAGUCCAAUGGCUGCUCCACAAUUUGAAGCUAAUAGACAAACAGAUCUCACAGUGUAUCUCAAUAGAUUACUUGAAAAAUGUUACAAGGACUCUAAGUGCAUUGACCUUGAGUCAUUAUGUAUUGUAGUCGAAGAAAAGGUUUGGUCAUUAAGAGUGGAUAUAAAAAUACUCAACCAUGAAGGGAACCUAAUAGAAUGUGCAAGCAUAGCAACACUUGCAUCCUUAGCCCAUUUCAAACGCCCUGACGUCACACGGAGUGGAGAUAAAAUAACAAUUCAUACUGUAGCUGAAAAAGAUCCAAUUCCAACAGUUUUGUAUCAUUAUCCUGUAUGUUUGACUUUUGCUAUCUUUGGAAGCGAUAUUCUUCUGUCUGACCCAAGUUACAUAGAGGAAUCCGUUUGUAUGUGUAAUGUGGAAGAAGGCAACACCGGUGGUGGCUUGCUUGUUGUUGGCAUGAAUCAAUAUAAAGAACCUUGUCUUUUGGACCUGACUGGCGCUGCCAUAGACAAUGUUAACCUUGUACACAAAGCGAUAUUGAGAGCUGCAGAAAGAGGGAAAGAAGUUAUUGACAUAUUAAAAAAGGCAAUCAUAAGUGAUGAUACAUUAAGGCAAAAGAGAGUAAAAAUAAAUUUUAGCGAUGUCAUAACAAAUGAACAUAAGCAAUCUCUAAGCAAAAAGGACCUGAGCAUAUGUUUGAAGAAUUACAAUGUAAAUGAUGUUAAAAUGGAAACUGAGGCAGAUAUUUCAGAUGCUGUGGAAGAGGCUAAAGAACCAAGUAAAUAUGAUGUGGUAUCGUCAUUGCCACAAACAUCAGAAAUGAAAGUCAAGACAGCUGCAUCUUCAUGGAUUGAAAUAUCAUCAGAAUCAGAAGAAGACUGAAGAAAUCAAAGAUAUGUUUUCAAAUAAAAUGUAAUAAAAAUUACAUUUUA